AUAGGAAAUCAGGCAUUACAGGAAUAUACUACAGGUCAUCCAUCAAUGGGUCCGCUUCUGCCUGGCUUUAGAAAAGUGCCUACCAGUGUGUGUGUGUGUGUGUGUGUGUGUGUGUGCGUGUGCGUGUGUGUGUGCGUGUGUGCGUGUGUGCGUGUGUGCGUGUGUGUGUGUGUGUGUGUGUGUGAAGCCACUGACCGAGCUUGUGCAGAGCAGCAGAGAGAUUAGCGCUCUCUCUGGCUCUGGGCGGCUUGGUAUGUGUCCUCAGCUCUCCGACUGUUUGCUGGAAUAUUCCGGGAAACGUUUAAAUUUAGACAUGGGGAAACUAUUCAAUUCAAACAGAGUCAGUAGGAAUCUGACGAAGAGGAGCUGAAUGGUCUGGGUUUUAUUUGACUUUGGAGACUUUUUACGCAUGUGGAUCGCUUCAUCAGUUGUGAAGCAGGUCCUGUAGCUCAACAGUUUGUCUGGAAAUGAGUUAUUGUGACUUUAUUUACUGUUGGAUGUUUUUAACUGAUCACAAGCUCAUCAAAGCUGAAUAAUGGACAUGGUAAUAUGAUAUUUUAUACUGAACUCGCUGGACUUGCUGGACACAUCUCAAGUGGCCUCAUAAUAGAUAACCCAGAAAAAAACAUUUUCAAUUGUAUAUAGACUGGAACAGAGAACUAUUUAUAUUUUAAAGUCAUUUAAAACGGACAUUAUUACAGGAAUCGCUUGUUACUGAGUCAAAUGGCAGAGGAAUAUGAACAAUCCCGUGCAUCAGAGUUUAUUAAAGACAGGCUGUACUUUGCCACUCUGCGUGGCAAACCAAAGAAUACAGCCAACACACACUACUUCAGCACAGAUGAGGAGUUCAUAUAUGAGAGCUUCUAUGCAGACUUUGGGCCCCUCAACCUGGCCAUGCUGUACAGAUACUGCUGCAAACUCAACAAGAAGCUCAAGUCCUUCAUGAUGUCUAGAAAAAAACUGGUCCACUACACCAGUUAUGACCAGAAGAAGAGAGCCAAUGCUGCUGUUCUCAUUGGUGCCUACACUGUAAUCUAUUUAAAAAGAAGCCCAGAAGAAGCCUACAGGACUCUGAUCUCAGGAAACAACACAGGCUACCUGACGUUCAGGGAUGCAGCAGUGGGAGAGUGCUCCUUCAACCUCACUGUCCUUGACUGCUUACAAGGAAUACGCAAGGCAUUACAACACGGCUUCUUUGACUUUGAAAGUUUCCAUGUUGAGGAUUAUGAACAUUUUGAGCGAGUAGAAAACGGGGAUAUGAACUGGAUCAUUCCAGGGAAAGUUCUGGCAUUCAGCAGCCCUCACCCUCGCAGUAAGAUAGAGAAUGGUUAUCCUCUCCAUGCACCAGAGGCGUAUUUUACAUACUUUCGCCAAAAUAACGUCACAGCCGUGGUCCGUUUAAACAGGAUGUUGUAUGAUGGCAGGCGGUUUGAGGAUGCAGGAUUUGAGCACCAUGACCUCUUCUUCCUGGAUGGGACCACGCCCUCCGACCUCAUCAUUAGACGCUUCCUGCAUGUGUGUGAAAGUACUGAAGGAGCUGUGGCUGUGCACUGUAAAGCUGGCCUGGGCCGUACAGGCACUCUGAUUGGCUGCUACCUGAUGAAGCACUUCCGGUUCACUGCAGCUGAGGCCAUCGCUUGGAUCAGAAUUUGCCGGCCUGGAUCCAUCAUCGGCCCCCAGCAGAACUUCUUAGAGGAGAAACAGCACAGUUUGUGGGUCCAGGGUGACGUUCAUCGCUCCAAGCAGAAACUGGUUCAGCAGAGACUGAGUCGACGGCAGCAUCUACAGCAACAGUGUCAACAGCAGCAGCUUCACAGCCCUGACUCUGAGGGAGAGGAACAGGAAGCCAUGUCCCGCCUGCUCUCCAGCAUGGAUGACCUCUUAAUCAACACCACCCUUUACAAAUCAUACAGCUUGGAUGAGAAUCAUUGCAAGGAAGGCAGUCUAACUCAGGGAGACAAACUGAGAGCACUGAAGGGAAAACAACCACCUAGAUCAGCUUCCUCCUCCUCAAGGUUAAACCUGUCAAAGGCCUCUCACUGCUCCAUUCUCGCACCCCCUAAGUCCCCUAAAGUCUCCCUCUCCUUCUCCUCCUCUUCCUCCUCGUCUAAGAAGCUGGUACGAAGCUCCUCCUCCUCCUCCUCCUCCUCCUCCUCCACGCAGAUCAAGAGUCCCUUCAGCCUCAGUCUGUUCAGCACCAGGCCUGCUGUCACUCAUUGACUUCAGUUUGGACGUUUCCUUUCUGCUUGGCGAGUCAACUGAUGAUGAAGUCAAGAACCGGACUACCAACAUGCUGUGGUUGUCUGGGCCUUAAACAUUUUAUCAACCUUGACAAAUGUUUUAAUUAUUUGUCUAACAAAGUAACUGCACUUUUAAUGCAGGGAUUCCGAGAGCUUUGUAGAGUGAACUCAAAGUAAAGAAACACUUACAUUUCUUAUACAAAUACGUUUAAGGGCUACACCAGCUUUAUGAACGUGUGGCUCAUUAGUCACAAUACUGGCACCAAAACUCUGUGUCUCUAGCAGAAAAUAAGCAAAUGAUAUGUUAGAAGAUAAAACACACACAAUUGUAGAAAAACCAUGUAAUUUCACAUACAGAUCAUUAACAAUGAACAAAGUUUAAUUCGUAAAUGGGUUUAUUAAUGACAAAACUACAUGGUAGCCCGCUGAAACACAUCUGUAAGUACUCCUUCCUAAAAAAAAAAAUGUAUUGACUCAUACAAAAUGAAUCCUUCUCAAUCAUCACUUAUGACCCAUUGGAAGUGUGUGGUGGUGUCUGCAUCUGCAGAGACCCUGCCCUCUGCCUGUAUUGUCUUAGUUUCUUAUUAGUUUGCUGUGUUUGCUUGAGAAUGUAACCGCCACGAAACAAUCAGAAAAUAACGUUUUAUUUCUCUGAUUCACUGCUUUGUUCACGCUAACGCUGCUCCCUCUCUUCAUUCAUUCUCUAGCUCUCUCUCUCGCUCUGAGCCGGGAGGAGGGGCCAACUUU